CUAUUACUAUGGCAAUGAUGGCAGGGACUACAGCCUCCUUUCCUAUGAGCAACCAUACCCGGGAAAGAGUGACUGUGGCCAAGCUUACACUGGAAAAUUUUUAUAGCAACCUGAUUGUUCAGCAUGAAGAGAGAGAAACCAGGCAGAAGAAAUUAGAAGUGGCCAUGGAAGAAGAAGGAUUAGCAGAUGAAGAGAAAAAGUUACGUCGAUCACAACAUGCUCGCAAGGAGACAGAGUUCUUAAGGCUCAAGAGGACCAGGCUGGGCUUGGAUGAUUUUGAGUCUCUGAAAGUUAUAGGAAGAGGAGCUUUUGGAGAGGUGAGGCUGGUCCAGAAGAAAGAUACAGGCCAUAUCUAUGCAAUGAAGAUAUUAAGAAAAGCUGAUAUGCUUGAAAAAGAACAGGUGGCUCAUAUCCGAGCAGAAAGAGAUAUUUUGGUGGAAGCAGAUGGUGCCUGGGUGGUGAAGAUGUUUUACAGUUUUCAGGACAAGAGGAACCUUUAUCUAAUCAUGGAAUUUCUCCCUGGAGGUGACAUGAUGACAUUGUUAAUGAAGAAGGAUACCUUGUCAGAAGAGGAAACACAGUUCUACAUUUCAGAGACUGUUCUAGCAAUAGAUGCAAUCCACCAGUUGGGUUUUAUUCAUCGAGAUAUUAAGCCAGACAACCUUUUAUUGGAUGCCAAGGGACAUGUAAAGUUAUCUGAUUUUGGUUUAUGCACGGGGUUAAAGAAAGCUCACAGGACUGAAUUCUACAGAAAUCUCACACACAACCCACCAAGUGACUUCUCAUUUCAGAAUAUGAACUCCAAGAGGAAAGCAGAAACAUGGAAGAAGAACAGGAGACAGUUGGCAUACUCCACAGUUGGGACACCAGAUUAUAUUGCGCCAGAGGUGUUCAUGCAGACUGGUUAUAACAAACUGUGUGAUUGGUGGUCUCUGGGAGUCAUUAUGUAUGAAAUGUUAAUAGGCUAUCCACCUUUCUGUUCUGAAACACCUCAAGAAACAUACAGAAAAGUGAUGAACUGGAAAGAAACGCUAGUAUUUCCUCCAGAAGUACCUAUCUCUGAGAAAGCUAAGGAUUUAAUUCUCAGAUUUUGUAUUGAUUCUGAAAACAGAAUUGGGAAUAAUGGAGUAGAAGAAAUAAAAGGGCAUCCUUUUUUUGAAGGUGUAGACUGGGGGCAUAUCAGGGAAAGGCCAGCAGCAAUCCCUAUAGAAAUAAAAAGUAUUGAUGACACUUCAAAUUUUGAUGACUUCCCUGAAUCUGAUAUCUUACAGCCAGUGCCAAAUACCACAGAACCUGACUACAAAUCCAAAGACUGGGUUUUUCUCAAUUAUACCUAUAAAAGGUUCGAAGGGUUGACCCAGCGUGGGUCUAUCCCCACAUACAUGAAAGCUGGGAAAUUGUGAAUGAAGGUCACCUUCACCCACAGCCAAGAGAACUCAGGUAGAUGCAUCACAAGGCUGGCUUGGAAAUAUGACACUGAAGACUGUGGUGCUUACUGACUGCAGAGGAAACACUUCCGGUUUAAGGGUUUGUAGGACUACUACCGGAAUGGGUAAUGCUAACUAGCUAUGUUUUUUAAUAUAUUUUUUCACUUAAUUAUAUGAAGGUACUAGAAUACAAGGAAUGUACAUACCUUUCUAACUGCACUACCUAUGUGCAUAUUAAGGUCCAUUCUGCCUGUGUGUACUGUGGCUUUGAA